CAUGGCAGGAACAAUUAUAAGAGAACACUUACGUGUAUUACAGGAUACAUGCGUGCACGAACUGAAAUCUAUAGGUGACCUUGACCCCUUGUUGUUGACCAAGAGCAAGCGAAGAUGUGAAGUGUGUUUGGCUGGAUAUCCAGACCCGAAUGUCUAUACUCCACAGACUCUCACUAAACUCAUCCAAGAGUAUACACAGGCAGUGCUCGAUUACACAUAUCAUGAAGAAUGUCAGCUUGUCAAUGAAGAAUUUCCAGAAAUUAAUGCGAAAGAAAGAAUACAUAAGAUCUUCUGUCAUUUUGAUCAAGUAAUGGAGCUUUCCAAAAAGUGUAUACCAGAAAAAGAGGUAGCAGAUGUGCUGGGUUCUGAGAUGAAUCAGUGCCUUGUGUGGAGGAGGGGAGCACUACUGUAUAUGUACUGUAAAACAAUUAAAGAGGAUCCUCAAAGGGCUGACAGGAUAGGUGCCACUUUUAUACAGUUUGUACAUGAAGGCAUUGUUGAGUUAAAGAGCAUUCUCCCUUCACCGCCAUCCCCUCUUCCAGGCAGAGACAAGGAGGAAAUGCCAGUGAAAGACCCCACACUACAGCUGGUGGAUAUGGGUAUCCUCAAUGACACACAUCUACUUGGGAUGAUGUACGGCGGUGAAAUGUGUUACUGGUACUACCAAGAGCAAGUCAACAAAACACAGAGCAUUGAGUUUGAAAAAGACUUUGAUGCCAAGAAAACUGGAAAGGAAUUCUUAUUGCCCUAUAUAGAGGCAGUGGAUGGUGUACUUUCUGCUCAUGGAUGGAAUUCUCAAACAGCAAAACAAAUAAUUAAAUACUUUUCUGAGCACUAA